AAUAAUUAACAAAUCUUAUCUUUUACCUAUUUCUUUCCGCAUGCGCGUUUGUUGAGCUUGGGAAUAGGUUCUUUAUUUCUUUUCCUACAACUCUCAGCGAGUUCUUCCUCUCUUCGGAUCCCUCUCAAAUCCUCAUCUCCUCCCACAAAACAUAACCUCUUGAAUUUUUCUCCCCUUUCGAGAUGCUUACCAGGAGGGUCUUAACAGCCUCGCGAUUUUUGCGGGCUCAACGUUCGGCGGCACCGCAAUUGAGAUAUCCUCUUCCAGUUAUCCAACAAUUUCGCAAUUAUGCUGACAAGGUUGUCAAGGUACCAGAGAUGGCAGAGUCCAUCUCUGAGGGGACUUUGAAGCAAUGGUCAAAACAGAUCGGUGAUUAUGUUGAGCAGGAUGAGGAAAUCGCUACAAUUGAGACGGAUAAAGUCCGUUUAUUUCAACAUACUCAAGAAUUCAUAGCUGAUAAGAAAUGUGUAGAUUGAUGUUGCCGUCAAUGCUCCUGAAGCUGGCACAAUAAAGGAAUUCUUGGCGAACGAAGAAGAUACAGUCACAGUUGGUCAAGAUUUGGUCCGUCUCGAACUUGGCGGUGCUCCAGCGGGUGGUGAUAAAGAAAAGGCCUCUUCGGAACCUAAAGAGCCAGCAUCGAAAGACCAAUCAACAUCAUCGGAUCCUGAGCCAUCGAAAUCCAGAGAGCAAUCCAACUCUUCCCCACCUCCGGAGAAGAAAGCAGAGCCAAAGGAGACUCCUAAGCCCAAACCAUCGGAGUCCAAGAAGCAAGAAUCAUCAUCCAGUAGUUCCGCACCUACGUUGGGCAACAGGGAGGAGCGUCGCGUAUGGAUCAUCAUCAGUCCUGUACACAAUUUGUCCGGCUAACAAUGUUAUUAGGUCAAGAUGAAUCGAAUGCGACUACGUAUUGCCGAACGUUUGAAGCAAUCGCAAAAUACCGCUGCGUCUCUUACAACUUUCAACGAGGUUGAUAUGUCAUCUUUGAUGGAAUUUAGAAAGCUCUACAAGGAUGAGGUUCUCAAGAAGACUGGCGUCAAGCUUGGGUUCAUGAGUGCCUUUUCUCGUGCAUCUGUGCUUGCUAUGCGAGACAUUCCUGCUGUGAAUGCAUCCAUUGAGGGUCCAAACGGAGGUGACACCAUCGUUUACAGGGAUUAUGUCGAUAUCAGCGUCGCCGUUGCCACCGAAAAGGGCUUGGUUACUCCUGUUGUUCGCAACACUGAGGCCAUGGACCUUGUCGGUAUCGAAAAGACUAUCGCUGAUUUAGGCAAAAAGGUAAUUUUCUUCUGUAGCAUGUUUGACUCGCUUCUUGCUUACUGAUUUGCAGGCUCGUGACAACAAACUCACAAUUGAAGACAUGGCUGGUGGCACUUUCACUAUUAGCAACGGUGGUGUUUUUGGUUCAUUGAUGGGUACACCAAUCAUCAAUCUUCCACAAACUGCGGUUUUGGGUCUACAUGCUAUCAAGGAUAAGCCCGUUGUCGUUAAUGGCCAAAUUGUCAUUCGUCCUAUGAUGUACCUAGCCUUGACCUAUGACCAUCGUCUACUCGAUGGAAGAGAGGCCGUCGGAUUCCUCGUUAAGGUUAAGGAGUACAUAGAGGAUCCGAGAAGAAUGCUUUUGUAGACAAACGAAGUCAUGAUCUUGACUGUAAAUUAUACCUCAACUGCAUAAAUUUAAUACAAGAAGAAAGAUCAGAAAGCUCUUGGUCGUUCGGGCCUAGAAGCUACCAUAUCAAUUUUAUGUUUUGUUGUUACUCU